UCCCCAGGAAUGCCGACCUGCCGCUGCCCCACCGGCUUCACGGGGCCCCGGUGCAACCAGCAGGUGUGCACGGACUACUGCCAACACAACGGCAGCUGCACCGUGAACCAGGGCAACCAGCCCACCUGCCGCUGCCUGCCCACCUUCAUCGGGGACCGCUGCCAGUACCGGCAGUGCUUCGACUACUGCGAGAACGACGGCGUGUGCCAGAUGACGGCCAGUGGUGCCAAGCAGUGCCGCUGCCCCCCUCAGUUCGAGGGCGCCCAGUGCCAGGAGAACAAGUGCUCCCGGUGCCAGGAGGGCAAGUGCAGCAUCAACAAGCAGACUGGGGAGGUCUCCUGCAUCUGCCCCGAUGGGAAGAUAGCGCCGAGCUGCCUGACCUGUGACAACUUCUGCCUGCACGGCGGGACCUGCUCCAUCGGGGACAAGACGCAGCUGCCCGAGUGCCUGUGUCCCGUGGGGAUGACGGGGCCGCGCUGCGAGGAUUUCAUCGUCAGCGAGCAGCAGAGCAGCC